GUGCUGUUUGCCUCCGUCAUGGAGACUCUGGGGAAUGAGGCUCUGGGGAAGAUUAUGAACAUCGUGGAUGAAGCCAAACUGCUGGUGGAGCUGGAGUCCGGGAGGGGCGGCAAGAGACCGCAGACCAGCGUCCUCAACAUCCUCAACAACGCACGUGUCGAAGUGGAACACUCGUAUGGAGUCCGACUUGAGAGCUGCGACACACACAGAUCCACUCAGACCAAACCAGAGAAACCAGAGCAACCAGAGGCUUGUGACAAUCCAUUUGUCCUGGCGGUCACCGUUAAAGACGAACACGGCAACGUGGACCUGGGAGCCAUCGCUGAGAGAGCUCGAGUUGAAGCUGCUCAGCCGGUGACCUCUGACCUCCAGCAGCAGCAGAACGGUUCUAGCGAUCCAGAGUUUGUGCUGCAGAGAGUCACGUGGAAAUACUUAAUGUGCACGACUUGUGGUAAAUCCUUCACGUCUCAGAGCAACCUGAAGUCUCAUUACCGCGUACACACGGGCGAGAGGCCGUUCUCUUGCAGCAUCUGUGGCCGGGCGUUCCGUCAGAGGCAGAGUCUGCAGAGUCACACGAGGACGCACACCGGCGAGCGGCCCUACGAGUGUCCGCAGUGCGGGAAGUGUUUCUCCAAGCAGACGCAGCUCAAGACGCACUCAAUCAUCCACACCGGAGAGAAGCCGUAUGGCUGCGAGGNNGGCCGCCGCUUCAACCUGAUGCAGAACCUGCACCGCCACGCCCACACCCACACCGGCAAGAAGUUCUUUGUCUGCGGCGUCUGUGGGAAAGGCUUCACCCGCGCCGUCACGCUGAAAACGCACGAGCUCAUCCACACGGGACAGAAACCCUUCAAAUGUGAGGAGUGCCCCAAAACCUUCCGCCACGCCAACAACCUCAAGAAUCACCAGAGGAUCCACAGCGGCGUGCGGCCGUUCAGCUGCGAUCUCUGCGGGAAGACCUUCCGCCAGGCGGUGAACCUGAAGAUCCAUCGGAGGAUUCACACCGGCGAGCGUCCGUUCAGCUGCCAGGAGUGCGGGAAGACGUUCAGCCAGCAGAGCAGCCUGAUCUCACACGGCCGCACGCACUCGAAGGAGCGCCCGUUCGCCUGCAGCAACUGCGACAAGAAGUUCAACAACGGCAACAGCCUGAAGCUGCACCUGCGCAUCCACACCGGAGAGAAACCGUACACCUGCGACAUCUGCGGCAAGACCUUCAGCCAGGGCAGUCACCUGAGGACGCACAAGAGGCACGUCCACGCCGGCGGCAAACAGUACAUCUGCGAUAAGUGUGGGAAGAGAUACGCAGACCAACGCAACCUUAAGCUGCACAAGUGUGGCUACGCGUGAAUGUGACCACAAUAAAUCCGUCCCUCCAGGAAGUUAAACAGCAACAAAUUCAAACCAACUGAAUUUGGUGAUUGUUGUUUUGCCCAACCACAAAUUCUACCAAACAAAGACAAUCUGAAGUCAACAUGCAUCGCAUUGUUUUUGAAAGCUGCUGUGGAAUCAGAUAUUCUGAAGGGACGGUUUAAAUUUACAGCUAAAUGGAGUUUGGAGAAUAUAAAACUUGAAUAUUAUGGAUUAAUUUUGUUAAGAUGUUUAAUAUGAAUACUUGAAUUGUUGACAGGGAUUGUGGGUGUCAGACAGGAAGUGGACCUGUUUUAACCAAUCAGAGCUAAUAUGUGUUGAAGUGGGCGGAGCCUCUGUUUAAACACUACAGUACCCAUGAACCUCGGUGUCCAUUGCCGGGAAAACGACACCAUCUAAAGCUGUGACAUCAUAUUUUAAUUGGUUAAGAUAACUUCUGUCGCCUGGCAACAGAGUCUGGAGCUCUCUGAUUGGACGAUUCUCUCUGGGAGUCGUAGAGAGAACAUAUAAGCCCCGCCCACUGAAAUACUGCAUUCUGAUUGGUUGAAUUUAAGUUACGUUAUUUCUGUUGCUUGUCUGUAAAUGUGUACAUACACAUUGUUGCUUUUUAUAAUUUAACAGAUGAUUUUUUAAAUUUGUUUGCUAAAUAAUAAAAUACAAACAUCUGUAUCA